AGUCUGGGAGGAAGGGAACUAGUUUACAUAAUUCAUUAUAAUGAAUAUUCACUGUGAACCGUUUAGCAUCAGAACAGCACAGAUUUAAUUGUGUUUAAAUCAAAUUUGGUUUUUACUUAAUUAAAGCGAAAUUGUAGUCAAUGGAUUUCACAAAAAUCAGUGACAAACUUAUACCGGCUAAUUACCUCAAGUUGGCGGUGGAAUCUCAAAGGCCCAAGGAGAUACGAAUCAAAGAACUCUUGGAGAAGCGUAAAUUACCAGAAGAUGGCUGGAGCGAUGAUUUAAUUGAACUGGUGGUACAACAACUUUCGGCACUGGAUUCGAAUAACUUUUCCCAUAAUGUUGGUCUGGGGGAGAGAGAAGCUCGCAUUGUUUGUGACUUAGUUGCCAAACGUCACUAUAGCCUUGGUCAUGGCAUUGGCAGAUCUGGAGACUUGCUAGAAGCUCAACCCAAAGCUGUUGGCUCCUCCAUAUUGGGGCAACUGACAAAUGCCUUACUGCUAGAUCUAAUACAUUGCAUGGGUAUACAAAGCUGUAAAAGUUGUUUCCUGGUACCCAUGGCCACGGGGAUGACGUUAACGUUGUGUUUUUUAAGUUUACGCAAGCUGAGGCCCAAAGGAAAAUAUAUACUUUGGUCACGUAUAGAUCAAAAAUCCUGUUUUAAAAGUAUGACAACAGCUGGCUUCACGCCAAUUGUUAUUAACACCCAGCGAAAAGACAACGAAGAUGGUUUAUCGACAAAUUUACAUGAAUUUGAAACACGGAUUGGUGAACUCAAUAAUGAAGAGAUUUUAUGUAUUAUGUCCACUACCAGUUGUUUUGCCCCACGGAACUGUGAUGAUAUUAUAAAGCUAGCGGAAAUGGCAAAACAUCACAAUCUACCUCACAUAGUUAACAAUGCUUAUGGUCUUCAAAGUACUUAUAUCUGUCAUCAAUUGCAACAGGGUCAGAGGACGGGGAGGAUUGAUUUGAUCGUACAGAGCACCGAUAAAAAUCUUCUGGUACCAGUUGGUGGGGCCAUUGUGGCUGGAUUUGAUGAGGCAAUGGUACACAAUGUGGCAAAAUCGUAUGCAGGUCGUGCCUCAGCUUCACAAUCUUUGGAUGUAUUCAUGACUCUGCUCUCACUUGGCAAGCAUGGUUAUCUACAGCUCUGCAAAGAUCGUAAACAGCAUUUCAAUGAAUUAAAAGAAAAUCUGGAAACACUUGCAAAGAAAUACAAUUGCAAACUAUUGGAGACCAAAGGCAAUCCUAUAUCGUUGGCUUUAUGUUUCGAUGGUUUGUCGGUGGAUCAACCAACCAAAUUGGGUUCAAUGCUUUAUACACGCGGUGUUUCGGGUACAAGAGUUGUGGCGCCAGGUCCAACUAAAACCAUAGAUGGAUAUGAAUUUAAAAAUUGGGGUACACAUGAAGAUCUGGAAAGAUCUCCAUAUCUGACAGCGGCAGCCUCCAUUGGCAUCACCAGCAAAGAUAUAAAUGUAUUUAUUAAAAAAUUAACAGAGUUAUUAGAAACAUUAAAAGGUGAUAAAUAGAGAACAUCUUUGGGACAAUAGAAAUGCAAUCAAUUUUUGAAAUCAAUAAAAUCCGAGAGCAGUGAA